AUAUCGAUAAAUACUUCAGAGUUUACUGAAUAUUGAUAACUGAUAACAAGUAAUGUAUAUAAACAAAAUACUUUGAUCAUCGACAUAAUAUUGUUUUACCUACAUAAUAAAAAAUGAAAUUAUUAUUGUGUACUUUGGCAACACUGUCACUAAGUGCUGCUUCAUACGUUUCCAAUGAAACUUCAGUAGGUGCUAGUUGUACUAUCAAUAGUUACAAUGAUGUUAAUAGUGUGGUUAGCAGCUGUAAAACAAUCACAGUUGGCAGUUUCGAAGUACCAGCAGGUGCCACUCUUAAACUUGCUUUGCAGUAUGGUACAGUUUUGACCUUUAACGGAGUUAUCACUUUCGGAUAUACUGAAUGGGAUGGACCAUUAAUGUGGAUCAUUGGUGAUGGGGUUACAGUGCAAGGAUCUUCAAGUCAUUUAAUCAACGGUCGUGGAUCUCUUUGGUGGGAUGGUUACGGUGAUCACAGCAACAAAAAGAAACCGAAAACAAUGAUAAUUCAAGCAACUGGGAACUCUGUUUUCAAGUCAAUCAAAAUUAAAGAUUGUCCACACACUUGCAUUGGUAUCACCGAUUCUCACGAUAUGACUAUCGAGAACUGGAAUAUUGAUUGCAAAGAUGGUGAUAGUCAAGGAGGAGCAAAUACCGACGGUUUUGAUAUUUCCCGUUCUUACAAAAUAACUAUUAAGGAUACAGUAGUAUGGAACCAGGACGAUUGUAUCUGCAUUAAUCAAGGACAGCAUUUAAUGAUUUCAAAUAUGCAAUGUACCGGUAGCCAUGGUUUAAGUAUUGCCGUUGGACUAUAUCAAGAUUAUGCCGAUAACACCGUUCACAAUGUCACAUUUAAGAAUUCGGUAGUACAAAAUUCAAAACUUGGUCUUCAUAUCAAAACUAUCGCUGGAAAUCAAAAAGGAGAAAUUUCUAGCGUAACGUACAACAAUAUCAAACUUUCAGGAAUAUCUUCCUAUGGUAUUAAUAUACAACAGGAUUACACAAAUGAUGGUUCUACAGGAAAUCCCAAAGGAAAUAUUGUUAUAAAAGAUUUGACGCUCACAAAUAUUUAUGGAACUUUAUCAGGAACUUAUUCUACUGCCAUUUAUGUCUUGUGUGGAUCUGGUGGAUGCUCUAAUUGGCACUGGUCUGGUAUCAAUCUACAGGGAGCAUCUCAACCCAACUCUUGCAAUUACGCUCCCAGUGGAUUCACGUGUUAAUUUAACAACUAAUAAUAAAAAAUAAAAAUAU